GAAGGAGAAGGAGAAGGAGGAGGAGCAAAAGCUGCGUCCUUCUUGGGCCCUUUCCGUGCUGCUUUUCCUUCUCAGUCCGACGGGCGUGUGUUUAAAUUCACCUCCACUGCCUUCUCUCCUACAGCUUCCAGCACUGCUCUACUCUUCUCUGGCACUCAUUGCUCCCAUCUUCUUGCUCCCAUCUCUUGCUCCACUGCUCCAACUUCGCUGUCUUGACCUCCAUCUGCCUUUGCAUUUCCUUAUUUACUUUAAUUGCUGGAUGAUUUAACGUCGUUUUCGUCUUCCACUGCUCUCUUCUCGUUAUCUGUUUAUCUGGCUCUUUGUUUAGCUGAUCCACUUUGCUUCGCUGGAUUCCAACUAAGUCUAGUCUAACUCCAAUCUAAUUCAGUUUGGUUCAACAAAAAUCAAGGAAAACAAGAAAAAAACUGAAAAUAAAUAAUAAAUAAUAAAUAAUAUGUCAUCCUUCUACUAUAGUAAUAACAAUAAUAGUAGUAACAACAGUAAUAAUACCAACAACAACAACUCAAAUAAUAAUACCAGCACGACUAAUCCUGCAGGUAGUACAACUAACAACAAUAACAACAAUAAUCAGUACACUCAAUAUUAUGAUAAUCCGAAUUUAAAUCAACAUCAAAAUCUAAAUUCAAAUACAAAUUCAAAUACAAAUACAAAUUUAAAUUCGAAUUCGAAUUCUAAUAUUCAAAAUCAAAAUCAAAAUGUCCAUCCUUAUUUCAAUAAUAUAUCAAACUCUCCUAUAAUCUUAUCUGAAAGUAGAUCCUCCUCAACAAAAACUCCAUCCUCUUCCCACUCGAAUUUCAUGAACCCUCCCUCAAUUAACAAUCAAAACUCUUUCUCAAAUUUACAAAAUUUCAAUUUUAAUUCUCCUUUUGUUACUCCAAGAUCAAGUCUAAAUAACAUUGUUAUCAAUAAUAACAACAAUAACAACAACAGCAACAAUAACAAUAAUAUCGCCUCGAAUAAUAGUAACAGCAACAGUAUUUCAAAUUUCAACUCACAACAGCCGCCAUCAAAUAAAUCCUCAACUACUGAUCUACUCAAAAGUCCAUGGAACUCCCCAAUUGAUCAACCCCAAUUACAACCACAACCACAACUACAAAAUCAAAUUCCUCCUCAUUAUUACCAUUCUCAAUCUCAAAAGUCUCCUCAAAAGAAUACCGCUAUCAUCUCUUCUUCCUCUUCCUCUUCAACUACUCCCUCUUCUUCUUCCUCCAACAAUCAUUCCAACAACAACAAUUCUACUGAUAACAAUCAACUCUCUAACAGAUCAAGCUACUUAAAAAUUUCACAACUUCCUACCACUUAUGAAGACGACUCCUCCUCAACCCAAGACUACAACUCGCUUCAAGCUCAAAACAAAAACUUCAUUCGUCUUCCUCUAAUUCCUCCCUCAAGAGCUCCUGCUCCUCUACCUUACUUCUCUGACCAAACUGUUCAAUUGAAAUCAAACGAGAAAAGAAGACAGUCCGUAGCAGUAGCAUCAACCUCAAGAGAUUUCAAUCCAAAUCAUUUACCCCCAUUACCCAAUUUACCUCAGUUCCAAUACCAAAAAUUACAAUCAAACAACCAAAUUUAUAGUCCCAACUCAACCGCCAAUAAUAAUAAUAAUAAUAAUAAUAAUAAUAAUAACAAUAACAAUAACAAUAACCAAAAAACCUUAUUCAAUAGUAAUCAACAGUAUUUAUACCAUCAACAACAAACUUCCACUGGCGUCUCCUCUUUAAAAUACUCUUUACCAACUUACAAUAAUCAAAACAAUGCUUAUUUUUCACAAUCUCAAUCUCAAUCUCAAUCCCAAUCCCAAUCCCAAUCCCAAACUCAAGCUCACGCUGAAUACCAAAAGUUUACUAAUGAUCUGAAUCAAAUGAAAAGAGACCUAGAUCAAGUCGAUCAAACACUCAACCAAAAAUUCCAAAAUCAGUUCCAAAAUCAAUUUCCUAACCAAAAUUCUGAUAUAAUAGUCUCUCCUCCCAUUGUCAAGCAAGUUCACAAUAAAACCGACUUACACCCAAUCCAUAAUACCAAUCCAAAGUUUCGCCGAGCUUCCGUUGACUCAACUCAUAUCUCUCCAUUAAACGCUUUAACCAUCUCUUUAUUAACAACUUACUCCUUAUGCUCUCCUAACUUCAAUUACCAAUCUUCAAAAAACCCCAAAAGAGUCUUGACAAAACCUUCAAAACCAAUCUUACCAAACUCCUGUGAUAACGAAAAUAACGACUACAUCCUUUACGUCAAUGAUGUCCUUGGCUUUGAAGACAACAAAAAAUACCUAGUGUUAGAUAUCCUAGGCCAAGGCACUUUUGGUCAAGUAGUUAAAUGCCAAAAUUUAAAAACAAAGGAAAUCGUAGCUGUCAAAGUUAUUAAAUCAAAACCUGCCUAUUAUAAUCAAUCCCUUACUGAGGUUAGUAUCUUGGAAAAUCUAAACUAUAAAAUUGAUCCCUUGGAUAAAUAUGACCUUUUAAAACUAAAGGAUAAAUUUUUUCAUAAAGGUCACUAUUGCAUAGUAUUCGAACUAUUAUCCUCAAAUCUAUAUGAACUAAUUAAACAAAACUCCUACAAUGGUUUAAGAAUGGACUUGAUUAAAGCUUUUGCUAAACAAUUACUACAGUCUUUAAUAGUAUUGAAAAACUCAAAAAUUAUUCAUUGCGAUUUAAAACCGGAAAAUAUAUUAUUAAUCGGUAACGAUUUGCCUAAGAUUAAAAUUAUUGAUUAUGGCUCAGCCUGUUAUGAAAGACAAACUGUUUUCACCUAUAUUCAAUCGAGAUUCUAUAGAGCUCCUGAAGUCAUCCUAAGUUUACCCUAUUCCUCAUCCAUCGAUAUGUGGUCUUUUGGUUGCAUUAUUGCUGAGUUGUUUUUAGGUUUACCCUUAUUUCCUGGUUCCAGCGAAUAUAAUCAAAUUUGUAGAAUUAUCGAUAUCAUGGGAUAUCCUCCAACAUGGAUGAUCGAUAUGGGCAAAAAUUCUUUAAACUACAUUGAAAAAAUCCGUUUGCCUGCUUCUGCUAUAAGUGCACAAUUAGAUCAAGAUCUAACCUCUUCUUCAUCUUUGUUUCGUUAUAAGCUAAAAUCAUUGGAAAAAUAUUCAGAAGAAUUUAAAUCAAAUGAAAAACCCUCGAAGAAUUAUUUCAACUCUUCAAACUUAUUUGACAUCAUUAAAAAUUAUCAACCAAGAACUUUGAAACAUAAUCCAAAUUCUAGAGUGGUUUUGACACCAGACGAAUUAAAUGAUAGAUUGAAUCUUUAUCAUUUUUUAAAAGGUGUUUUGAACUUAAACUUCAUAAGCAGAUGGACACCACAACAAGCUAUCCAGCAUCCUUUUAUUAAUAAUCUUCCUUUUAAUGAAUCUUGGACACCUCCUGGAACAACUACGCCAAUUCAAAUGAAUUCUCCUAGACACGCAGCUCCAGAAAUGAGAUCACCAGGAACUAAUUUUGUGAAGAAAUCAUCUUCCUUCGGCAGCAAUGUAAGUCAUAGUUUAUUAUAUAAUAAUCAUAAUAUUGGAAUACCAUAUGGAGGAUCAAAUAAUAGUAACAAUAACGUAAAUAAUCCUAAUCUUAACAAUAAUAACAAUAGUAUUAACAAACAACAUAAUAAAAAUGUUAAUAAUGUUAGUAAUGUCAGUAAUGUUAAUAAUGGCAUUCAAAAUCAAGAAAUGAAUCUUAAUAUGAAUGACAACUCAUUUAGUGUUGGAGUAAAUGCUAGCAAGCCUCUCAAUAAUAUAUCGUUUAAUAACAACAACAACAAUAAUAAUAAUAAUAAUAAUAAUGUUGCUAUGACUUCUUAUAAAACGACAGGAAAUAGUUUUAACAAUCCUAUUCACAAUUCCACUACCGGUUAUAAUAUUAAUGAUAAUAGCAAUAACUCUAAUUCUAGUUUUUUGGUUCUGAAUAAUUUUGGUAGUAAUGAUUUAGUUUAUAACAAUUCUUAUCAAGAAAAUACAUUCAGUCAUCCAAACCAGGAUUUUGCUAGCACAAGUAGUCGAAAUAUUUCUAAUCAAAGUAGCCAACUUAAUCAGAACAUAAAUCAAGGUGAUUUCAUCCGAAGAAACUUACCUUUUACUAAUAAUCAACAAAGUAAUUUAAGCUAUAUUCCAGCUGAAAACUUAAAUCAAAAUAUUCCAAAUUAUAAUAACUCUAACAAUAGCAGUAACAACUACAAUAAUACUAAUUACAACAAUAAUAGUAAUUAUCAAUUUGGUCAGGAAAAUGCAAAUAAUGAUCCACAUAAUAAAUAUUUUAAUCAACAUUUACAUCAAUCACAAUAUCAUAAGGAAUUAGUUGAUCAGUAUAACACUAAUGACACAAAUAAUUCUAGUAAUUCAAGAACGCCAAGUGGUAGACAUAGAUCCUAUACAUUUGGUGGUUCAUAAAAUGAUAAAAAAAAACUUGAAGGCAAUUAAUUUAGCAAAGAUAGAUUGACAGUUUUAUUAUUUUAUUUAUUUAAAGAAAAUUUUAAAAUUAUAUUUUUAUUAUUUUUCAGAUUUAAUUCUUUUUUUUUUAAUUGUAUCGUUCAGUUUUUCGUUUUCCCUUUCAUUGUUAAAUUCUUUAUGUUUGUUUUUCUUUAAUAAUUUUAUUUCUUUGGAUUUUUAUUUUACCACUGCAUUUAUUUUUUUUUCCUUUUAGUUC